GCUGUUUUUUUUUCUUUCUUUUUGCGAAAUUUGCACGUUCAAGUAACAUAUUCGUCCGCAUAACAUCGGACUGGCUAUUAAAAUGUAUCGCGCGAAUGUUAGAACAAUCUUCCAUCGGAUAACUAAACCUUAACUAAAUCUUGUCCGUAAAGGUGCUUGAGUUUGUUAAUAGCGCAACGCCACUGGCGCUCUCUUCAUUGUAAAAUCUCUUUAAUUAUUAUUAAAGAAAGUGUGCCUUUUUAAAUACAAACAAACACACGGAUAUCUCGCUGAUAUUCAAGGUGUUUGAUAACCAGACAAUAGUUGGAAUUAAUUGUGAAUUGAAGAGAUCUUCGAAGAGAUCUAUUUCCUUCGAUCUAGUCAUUAAUAAACGCAAAGAAUGCUUAAGUGCGUGAACAGGUAUACGGGAUCUCUGCAACAAUUUCUAUUAAUUUUUAUUAUCAUCAAUUUUACAGCUAAACAAGCGAUAAGUGGGUAUCGUUUCGGAUAUUCGGAAUCAAAUCAGAAACGUUGGGCACGUCAUCAUGGUUAUUGUGCGGGCAAAACGCAAUCACCCAUAGCUGUGAAUCCUGCAAGGGCAAUAUCACUGCAUAUGCCCGCUGUUGAUAUGAUUGGUUAUCAUAAUCUGCUUCCGUAUCCUCUAAAAAUUAUCAAUAAUGGCCAUACAGUAUCAAUUGCGAUACCGAAAUUGAGUGAAGAGCAAUUAGGGAAAGGUGAGUUCAUGCCGUAUACAAGCGGGGCAAAGCUGCCGGGUGAAUUUGAAGUGGAGAGCAUUCACUUUCAUUGGGGUGACAAAAACAAUCGAGGCGCUGAGCAUGUCGUUAACGAUAUUCGCUACACCAUGGAAAUGCAUAUUGUGCAUCGCAAUCGCAAAUAUUCCAACUUGACGGAGGCACUCGGUUAUACGGACGGUGUUGCUGUGCUGGGUUUCUUUUACAAUUUGGAUGAAGACGAAGGACUUGGUUUAACAGCAAUAUCUCGUCAUUUACAUUUAGUACCAGAAGCGCAUAACGAGGCUACUUUGAAUGUUACUUUUUCAUUAUCGUCACUCAUCAACGGUGUGGAUGUUGAUAAGUUUUAUACAUACAAAGGUUCGUUAACAACACCGCCAUGUUCAGAGGCUGUGACUUGGAUUUUAUAUCCUGAUCCCAUACCUAUCUCAGCAAAACAGAUAUCGCGAUUUCGUCAAUUAUAUGACGUUGAAGAAGGUGCACUGGUCGACAAUUUCCGGCAAUUGCAACCUUUAGGUAAUCGGCGUAUUUUUAUGCGUGUUGGUCACACACAUCAUACAAACAUACAAACCUUGAUCUCCGAAGUGGAUUACAGGAAAUGGGACUGGUUUCAUUAGGAUAAAUUAACUACUGAAUCACUUAAGUAAAGCAUUUACAACGUCUUGCGAAAGGUUCAAUAUUAUUGGCUUUUGCAUAUCUCCUAGUGUAGGUGAUGAUCCCAUAAAGAGUGGAAUGG